AUGGGUUGGCUGUCGAUUCUGCCGGAGCAGUUCUCGACGGUUGAAACGUGGCUCGUCCGACUCUUCCUGCUAUUUGCCUUCUUGGUCUUCGGCCCCUGGCUCUUCAUCAUAGUAUACGACAUCCUUCUGUACUUCUGGCGAGCAGCCACGUACGAACUGCCAGUCAUUGGAGGGCGAGCACGAGGUAGACAGCGGCCUCGAGCUCCAAGCAUCAACGAACGUCCCUCCGGACAUAAGCGCAGGAUCAGUAUUCCGGGAAUCUCGCGACGCACUUCGGACCAUGACACUUCGACGAUGUCCACCAGGGAAACGCGGAGUAACAGCAGCACCAUUCCGCGAACACCCUCCAAACUGCGGGCGGAGCAGCAUGACUGA